CGAUUUUGACUAUAAAUUUAGUGUAAAGUUCAAAAAUACUUUUGUCAAACUAAAAAACUUGGUUAUAAUUAAACUUUUAGCCACUUCUUUGCACAUUUUCCCCGUUGAUAUUCAUAAAAAGUGCUGACGACAGCGUAAACGUAUACGCAUGCAAUGGGACCUGCCUUCGGCAUCCUCGUGGGUUUAGACGACAAAAUAACCGCAACGUGUCACACCUCCACAAUCCCCAUCAUGCCAAUACGCGUCCAUUUCAGGGUUUCAAUUCCCACAACAUGAAGAUACCGCUUUUCGCGCUUUAAUCGAUACCCGAAGCUGUGUUUGAUGUAUAGGAAGAUGUUAGCAGAAGGGAUGAGUAGUUAUAUGAAUGAGAGUACACAUAAAGACCCCCACACGCUAGCUGUCAUUAUUGCAGCAUGUUUUGUCCUAAUAGCAUUGCUUCUAUCAAGUGUUCUAAUUGUUCAGCAUCUCAAAUGGUAUACCAAUCCAGAGGAGCAAAAAUGGAUUGUGGCAGUUCUUUUUAUGGUUCCUGUCUAUGCCACCGACUCGAUUCUGUCAUUGUGGAAACCCAAGUUUGCUCUUGCUUGUGACAUCUUAAGAAGUUGCUAUGAAGCAUUUGCUCUUUAUUCAUUUGGAAGUUACUUGAUUGCCUGUCUUGGUGGUGAAAGAAGAGUGGUUGAAUUACUUGAAAAUGAGAAAGAAAAGCUUCUGAAGAAGCCAUUGUUAGAUGGGAAAGAUGUGACACUGGAUUUAAAUAGAACAGCAUUAUGCAAAUUCUUCAGACAACCACGUGUCCUUGGGGAAGAAUUGUUACAAAUUGAGAAAUUUGGACUAGUUCAAUACAUGAUAUUGAAGACCUUAUGUUCAUUUUUGGCAAUGAUACUAGCACUUGUUGGUGUAUAUGGUGAUGGUGAGUUCAAGUUGUACUAUGGGUACCCGUAUAUUGCGUUUGUUAUAAACUUUAGCCAAAUGUGGGCGUUAUACUGUCUCGUGAAAUUCUACCAUGUGACUCAUGAAAGACUUAAACCAAUAAGACCCCUUGCAAAGUUCAUCAGUUUUAAAGCCAUUGUAUUUGCAACUUGGUGGCAAGGUGUCGGGAUUGCCUUGUUAUGUUACCUUGAAAUUCUUCCUAAUGGCGGAAGAUUUCAAACCGAAUUGCAGGACUUUUUGAUUUGUAUUGAAAUGGCCAUUGCAGCCAUGGCUCAUACUUUUGUAUUCUCAGCAAAACAAUAUCAUUAUAUGUCAGUAUCCGAGUACGGAAAACUUUCCACCCAAAAAACAAAAGAAGUUGUGGAAGUAGAUGAGGAAAACCCGAAACCCACGCAUAUUGAGAAGAUGGAGACACAGGUUGAGGCUGCUGGGACUAGUGUCAAAGAAAGUGUUCAGGACAUAGUUGUUGAAGGGGGUCAACAUGUUGUAGAGGAUGUUAGACUGACUAUAAAUCAAGCAAUCGAACCUGUUGGGAAAGGCAUGACAAAGAUCCAAGAGACGAUCCAUCAUUUGUCAGUUGGUGAUGAGAAAGGGAAACAAGAAGUUGAAGUUGAUGAAUACAAAAAAGAUGUUACAGAAGUGGGGCCUGAUGACAAGAAGCUUGAAGUAAGAGUCGAAAAAGACGAAGAAGAAUUUGGGAGAACUCAUUUGACCCGGGAAAAUUCAGAAGUUACAAUCGAAGAGUACAAGCAUGCUGUAUCAAAUUCUAAAAGAAAGCCAAGUUAUUAAUCAACCUUUGUGAUUGUGUUGUAAUAACUUGUAUUAUAGAUGGGGCCAUUUUUCCACUUUCGACACCAAAGCCUUAGGGACUCUUUUAUAAGAGAUGGAGUUGCUCCACC